UGAGCGCACGACACGCGUUUUUAUAAAAAAAAAAAAUACCGCGGAAAACCGCGUUUUGAAUCUGUGUUUAAAAAUUUAAAAAACUACUGUUUUCGAGAGUCACGAAAACAGGAUUCACGUGCCAACAACAAAUUUAAAAAAAAGUAAAGCGUGCUGCGUUCGAAAUUUUAAAAUUCUGUGUUCUUUUUUGCGCGCGGAAUUUCGGGAAACCGAAUCUGACAUCUCGCAUUGCGUUCGGAAAUUCUUUUUUUGUUGUAUUUUUUCGGUGGUUUGUCUGAUGGUGCGUUGAACUUGAGUGCAGCGGCCGCGUCCUCGGUUUCAUAAGUGAUUAAACGAUGUUGCCCGCUAAGUGAAAGUGCUGUGACGUAAGCGUUACAUUAGAACUGGCAUUAUGACGAGUGCUAUUGGGUUAGGGAAGUGCUACACUGAUGUGGUCGUCGGUAUCCUUCUUCUAACAUUACACGUUAGAUGCCAGCACCCGGCCCACCAUCCGGUCUCCUUCGUGCAGUCAUCGAGUCAACAUUCGUAUCCUUACGUCCAGCCAGGACAUCCUCCAUGGCACCAGUUCACAUCUCCAAGGAAAAGAUCUCCUGACAUCCAAACCUAUUACAAUGGCCCUUACAAUCAGCCAUAUCAUUAUUCUCAUAAUCAAAGCCCAUACCAACGUCAAGAUCAACAGAAUUAUCAAGAGUACCCUCAAAGCUACAGAACAUCUGCUGACUUAAUUGACUCGGAAUCCAGAAAUAACCAAAAUAAUGGAAGACUACUAUCACAGUCUGCGUUUACGAGAAUAUCCGAAACUUUAGGAGCUAUAAACACUGUGGGUCAUUACUUAAUAGACAUAGUAAAUGAAAAUGAUAGAAACGAGUCAGACCCUAACUUGCAACAGCUUCCUCAAGCUCUUUACACCAUAAGCAAAAACGUUCUGGGAAGAAACGUGACAGAUAAAAUUGCACCAAUAGUAAAGAAAGCGUUGCCACAGGUUUUACCUGAUGCACCCAUAACGAGAAUAGCUACCGGUGAUUUGGAUAGGAAUGAUGCAAAAUCCUGUACCACGCCUGAAGGGGAAGACGGCAUUUGUGAAGAUUUGAGCAAUUGUCCACAACUGCUGUUGAACUUAGUGAAUCUUCGAGAAUCUCUAUGUUUUAAGGACUUAUUUGUUCCUGGAGUAUGUUGCCCAAGAGAUGGCGUAGUUCCAGCUACACAGGCAAUAGCACAGCCCGUUGUAUCUACAACAAGUAAGCCAACAUACUUGGUUCCUGUUACAACCCAACGGCCAAGACCAAAGCCUACGACUACUAAGAAACCCUCAGCCAUCUUAGUUUUGACGACUAAAAGACCAAGGCCUAUAACUACGACUCCUCGACCUGUCACUACAGCACCUACGACCACGACGACAAGGGUACCAUCGACAACCAGCUAUUACACCUUGGCACCUUUCAUCGCGAACUACUCCAACAUAGUCGAUGUAAAUGAUUGUGGGCAGAGAGAAGACGAAGGUGGCAGAAUCGUGGGUGGCACGGAGUCCAAGCCAGGAGCGUGGCCGUGGAUGGCUGCCAUAUACCUGCAUGGCAGCAAGCGGCGCGAGUUCUGGUGUGGUGGCACUCUGGUGGGCAGGAGACACGUGCUGACUGCCGCCCAUUGCACCAGGGAUUCCAAGCAAAGGCCUUUCCCAGCCCGCCAGUUCAGCGUGCGGCUCGGUGAUGUGGACCUGUCUCGUGAUGAUGAGCCUUCCCGCCCCGUGACGCUGCGGGUCAGCGCCGUGCGGGCGCACGAGCAGUUCUCCAGGGUCGGGUAUUACAACGACAUCGCUGUGCUGGUGUUGGCUGAAAACGUUCAGAAGUCAAAAUACGUGAUACCAAUCUGCCUGCCCCAUGGGGAUCUAUCGCGCCAACAGUUCGACGGCUCUAUGGCCACUGUGGUGGGAUGGGGCACCACCAGGUACGGUGGGGGGGAGAGCUCCAGGCAGCUAGAGGCCAAGCUGCCUGUAUGGAGGAACGAGGACUGUGACCGGGCGUACUUCCAGCCCAUCACUGACACGUUCCUGUGUGCUGGCUAUCCUAGAGGAGGAGUCGACGCUUGCCAGGGCGACUCGGGCGGUCCGCUGAUGCUGCUGGCGGCGGGGCGCUGGACGCAAAUCGGCGUGGUGUCGUUCGGCAACAAGUGCGGCGAGCCCGGCUACCCGGGCGUGUACACGCGCGUCACGCACUACCUCAGCUGGCUGCAACAACACCUCUCUUAGGCCUUGGAUGUACUAGGGGACAACCCUCCACCUCCCAUUGCCCCACCAACCUCACGGUUAUAUGGACCGAAUCGCGUGUGGGCGCCCUUUAUCUUUUCCCGGACCGUCUUCUUGACUCCCUAUAAAUUAUAUUAGCUCUCCUCCUUGUCCCUUAUGCUCACUCUCCACCUUUGGGGGCCAGACGUCACUAGCACAGCUGAGGUCCCCACUGCUGCUCCUCUUUGGUUUCAGCCUGGCACCUUUACGUUCCGAGCGGCUUCGUCUCUUGGUGCUAAUGGUUACGGCAAAGUGCCCCACAACAUGAUGCGCUACACAGAGACAAUUCUUCAUCGAAGAGUCUACGUGACGCAGUUGGCGCUAGCCAUGAUUCUAGCCCGUGUAGUGCCUGGGUUCAAUUAAUAUCCUGGCGCCCUCUAGUAAGCGCGUGACCAAAAUGAAAUACUUACAGUACUUUAUUCCCCGGUACUGAAUUUUAAAUUCAAUAUCCCCUAGUGUAUUCAAGACUAAGUAUUUAGACUUAUAGUGUUUACACAGGUAGCCCGUCAUUACGAACCAGAUAUUUUACACGUAAAAAAUUUGAUGGGUGACUAGAAUCUUUUUCUCCAGAUUUUCAACCUACUUGAUAUAAGUCUGCAUUGGUGAUUACUUACCAAUUUUUGUUUCAUGAUAAUCAUGAAUCUAUUCUUAGUAUUUAAAAACAUCAAACUACCUAGAGUAGGUACCAUACAUGUAUGUAUUAUAAAAUCAGAUGACCAGCUAGGUAUAAUUUGAUGACGUUUUUCGCAAUAAUUAGGUACCUUGGAUAGAGAGAAAAACAAUACCUUAAGCACAGUUCACCCUCCAAGUAAGCUUUCUUCCUAUACCUAAUCUAUCCACCGAAAGAAUAGAGGGCUCUCUCUAUUACGAAAUCCCUU